AUGCAUGAUACCAAAGAACGAGUAUUUGUAAUAACUGCAAAAAGCAAAGAACUAAGCUUAACAGAAAGUUCAGUCAAAGAGUUGAGACCUUCUGUAUUUGUCACGUGUUACCUGACCAGGUCCACGUGGGAGCUGAAAGCUCUGCCCCGCAGCCACCAAAGCGUGAGGCCACCCUGGGCCCACAGCUCAGCAUGCCCCCCGCCCAGCCCUCGUGGUACCCUCAAUGAACCCCAGCGAUUUGAGCGUAUUUUUGGUAGAAGGCCGAGAGAAACAGAUGUUGCUACACCCCCAGGAGCCUCCCAAGCCAAAGGCGAGCUGCGAGGCCACAGCAUCUUCUACCUCCAGCUGGGCCUGUCCAAGGGAUGGAUGAGGAUCAAGCAGAGCAGUUCUUUAGAAGUGGACAUACAAAUAACUGGGCAGUUUUGUCACAUUGUCCUGAUGCUAGCAGAUGAUAUGGCAUGUAAUCCCAGAAAUCCCAAACCAGCUACCGUGUUUAGUCAUAAAAACAUGGAGCUAAAUGUCUACGGAGAUGAUGUGGAAGUGGAUUACAGAAGCUAUGAGGUUACUGUCGAAAAUUUCCUGCGUGUAUUAACAGGAAGAAUCCCACCAAGCACACCGCGAUCUAAACGUCUCCUUUCUGAUGACAGAAGCAAUAUUCUAAUAUAUAUGACAGGCCAUGGUGGAAAUGGUUUCCUAAAAUUUCAAGAUUCUGAAGAAAUCACAAAUGUAGAACUUGCAGAUGCUUUUGAACAAAUGUGGCAGAAAAGAAGGUACAAUGAAUUGUUAUUUAUUAUUGAUACUUGUCAAGGAGCAUCCAUGUAUGAACGAUUUUAUUCACCUAAUAUAAUGGCCUUGGCUAGCAGCCAAGUUGGAGAAGAUUCUUUAUCACAUCAACCUGAUCUUGGGAUUGGCGUUCAUCUUAUGGACAGAUACACAUUCUAUGUGCUAGAGUUCUUGGAAGAAAUUCAUCCAGCCAGUCAGACAAAUAUGAAUGACCUAUUUCAGGUCUGUCCAAAAAGUUUGUGCGUUUCCACGCCUGGGCAUCGAACUGAUCUCUUUCAGCGAGACCCACACAAGGUUCUGAUCACAGACUUCUUUGGCAGUGUGAGAAAGGUGGAAAUUACGACAGAGACAAUUUCUUUGGAUGGUGACUUAGCUGUUUUUGAAAGCAAGCUUCCAAAGGAUGAGUUGGCAACGGAACCACUAAAAUACGCUGAACAACUUCCUGUAGCUCAGAUAAUACACCAGAAACCAAAACAAAAGGACUGGCAUCCUCCUGGAGGAUUUAUUUUAGGGCUCUGGGCACUGAUCAUCAUGGUUUUCUUCAAAACAUAUGGAAUCAAGCACAUGAAACACAUCUUCUGAAUUCAAAGGUGCAAGCUGAUUGCGUUGACUGUUUCUUUGGAUCCAUCGGUGCCAUCCGAGCGCUCUGUAUGUCUGUUAUGGUUGCAGUGAAAAACAGUGUUGAGACCUUGCUUCUAAAGGUUCUUUUGAUGUCAUCUCUUCUGCCCCUUUUUCUGAAAAAGAGACUAACAAAUGGUUUUAAUGUUAGACUUUUUUUGGUCUUGUUUUAAAAUAUUUUAAUGCUUUUCUAAGCAAUUUUGUUUUCUGCUUAAACUUAAAAAGAGGGAGGACCUAAACACAGAAACUGAAUGUCUGAGGUUGAUUGUGAAUUGUAAAUGGGCAAAUUCUUUCCCUCAUUCUUCAAAGUAAAUCUUAGAAGUAGUCAACCUAUCACUAAAGAACUAGACAUUGUGCAGAACGUUAUUUAAGAUGUCAUUUUAUCAAUAAAAACUUAAGCCACUUUGCAGACUUUGGCAUGACGUAUUGAAAGCUUUCUUCACAAAAAUACCCUAGAAUAUAUUGAUUUUUUUUUUCUUAUUCUUUUUUUCUUACCUAUUAAAUACAACCCUUAGAUCAGUCCUUUCAUCUUGGGCAGUUUUGAGUCUAGGAUUCUAUGAGUUGGUGAAACAAAAAAAAAUGACCUCACUGAAUCUACUUAAAAAAAUGCCAAAAAAAGUGAAACUACAACUCUACCAUGUCCAUGGGGAACCCUUUACAGCUGGUGUGUUUUCACUCCAUACAACAUGGAGGUGGGUGCUUUCAGGAUUUUCAGUGCACUGGAUUUUUGCACAGAAGAAAAUUGACUGGCAUCAGGAUGAAAAAUGUUAUAAAUUGUACUAUUGUAUUCUGUAGUUUCUGAGCCCUUGGAAAAUGAGCUUUAUCACCUAGGAUUUGUAAAUUCUGUUUUGGCAUAUUGAUUUGUUCUUUUGGACGUUUACUGAUGAAUGUAUGCCAAAAGGGCUUUGUCUGUAAAAUAUGCUGAUACUAGUGAAGAGAAGAGCAAAUUUGUGCGUGUAUAGAAACAAGUCUGUCAGCAAGGGGAAGCUUUUGCAGCAUGCUUUUGGAACCUGUUCUCUAGCUUAAUAAUAAUAAAGCUUACAUGACGCAUACAUGGUGUAAAUGCUAGAUACGUAUCUCUAAAAGUUAUUAGGAAUUAUUUGUAAUCUCACAUAAUACCAGAGCCAAUAUAUUUUUCUCAGAAUAUGGUAUUGAGCGUUUCCAUAUUGGAAAUAUGGAACGGAACAUACCAAUUCAAGUGCUUAAACAUCUUUGCUCCCCUUUUUUCUUCUCUUUCAGAUUGAUUGUGGCAUCAUAGCCUCGGGUUAGGGGUAGCAAACUUGUCAGAGCACCCUGUGCAUACGCUGGCCAGGAGGGCUACAGAG